UCUUUUGCCUCUCCGUUAAGACACCCCUCGAGAUCCGUUAGUCGUCAAGAACCUUCCCUUCUCGCCGAACGCUUGGUCGAGGUAACGUUGACUCGUCUCACUAGAGAUCGGCAAGAGAAUGAGCGGCGUCGGCGUCGCUCGCCAGGCGGGAGUGGUCAAGAUCUUCGACGCCCACUGCCACCUCCAAGAUCGGAGGAUUGCCUCCGUCGCGCCCCAACUCAUCCGCACCGCCCUCGACUCCGGCGUUCAACGCUUUGUCGUCAAUGGCGUCUCCGAGAUGGAUUGGCAUAUCGUCAAGCAGAUGGGGGACGAGUACCCUAGCAUAAUUCCGUGCUUUGGUCUUCAUCCCUGGUACGUUAACGAGCGAUCCCCAAACUGGUUCAAAUCGUUGAGGGAAUUCCUCGCUGAGACACCGGGGGCCGCGGUUGGCGAGAUUGGUCUAGAUAAAGGUGCCCAUGCCAAGAAUAUUGAUUUUGGAGAACAGGUGGAUGUUUUCCGGCAGCAACUUGAACUCGCCAAAGUCUUAGAGAAACCUGUUUCUGUCCAUUGCUUGCGUGCUUUUGGGGAUCUUCUAGAAAUCAUGUUAUCCACGGGGCCUUUCCCAGCAGGUGUUAUUUUGCAUUCAUAUAUCGGAUCUGCUGAGUUGGUCCCUGGCUUGGCAAAGUUGGGAUCGUACUUUUCAUUUUCUGGGCAUCUCACAUCCAUGAAGCCGGAGAAAGCAAAGAAGAUGCUUAAAUCGGUACCCAAAGACAGAAUUUUGAUUGAGACAGAUGCCCCUGAUGGAUUGCUAUCAGUGAAGACGAGUUCUUCGUUUCCAUUUCCAGAUGUUGCUUCCACAGCAGAGACAGAAAACCAGUUUGGAGAUUCAGCUGCAGAGGCAACAAGUCUGUCGAAGGAAGGACUAAAUCAUCCUGCCAACAUUCAUCGUGUGUUGAAAUAUGUUGCAACACUACUUGAAAUGCCCGAGGAGGAGCUCGCUGAGCUGAGUUUCCAAAACGCUACUCGCUUGUUCUCUUAUCCUGGUUCAAAAGUUAAUUCUGAUGGCUAAGGUCUGUUUCUAUGUAACAGCACGGUCUGGUAUGUCUACAUAUCACAUGAACUUUAAGCUACAGCUACUUCCAUUGUUAAAAGUACUAUGCCUAUAUUACUGCUCAUGACACGGAUCAACGAUCUGGAUGGGUGACGUUUUUUUUUGUUUGUUGGUGUAAAAAAAACCAAAAACCAUCAGUGUUUUCCUUCAAGAAUUAUUUGAUUACAAUU